AGCAUACGGAGGUGGUCGGCAUCUGAGAAAGUUAUAGAGUUGAAGAUCGCAGACGCAGAGACCAGCGCCGAAAAGAACGCAACGAGAUCAUAAAAGAAGAAAAUGCCGUCAUCUACUACUCAGCAGGGCGAGGUGGAGCUGCGAGCCGGAGAACUAGCCUCGAGCACGAACAAGGACGAUGCCAACGUCCAGGAGAAGACUCUCCUCGACCCCAAGCCCGUUGAUUAUUACGCCGAGCUUACCCUUCUCGCGACCGAGCCCAUCACCGUAAACUCCGACACUGACACGGUCAAGCACUGCCUGGAUUUCAUCAAUUUUCAGUGCAUAUCAACUGCAAAAAUGUCUGGGUCUGGAAGAUUGAUUUCGGGAUUUGUGAUGCAUAUUUUGUAUGAUCCAUGAUGCAUGUAAUGCAUGAUCCAGCAUCACAGAUUUUUAGAGGGCUUCCUGAUGCCUAUUCCGCAUGAGAAAUGCCCUCUCCGCGAAACACAAACUGUAUUCCUGUUGUUGGCCGCGCAAUACAGAUUUUUUUUGGAAUCCAAAGACAGCAUGACAAGUUGCAAUCUUCCAGACCCAGACAUUUUUGCAAUCCAUAGUACAGGUACGAGUAUAAGGGCGCGGAUAUCAACGAGGAAAAAAAUCGGCGCGCUUUCCAGUUGGUAAACGCCGGCAAGCACAUUCUGCUGGAUGCGGAGAAGAAGCGAAAGUAUAGUUCGUUGUGUCGUGGUGCUAAUACAUGGGCUCACUACGUCGAGAGAAGUGUCAGAUUGAUGCAGGGACUUCGGCAUGAGAAAUUCUGAUAAAAAAAAUUUGCCGCGUUCUUUUGGUUUUUGAAAUUUCACUUAAGUACUUACUUAUUUACCGCACUUUUUGAGUUAGAAGUCUCUGAAUGACGAUGGAUCUUCUAAAAAAAUAGAAUCAAGAAACAGGUAUGACCUCGAGCUGCAGAAGGCUCUCGGAGGUGCAGGUGACGCCGGGAAUGAACAAGAUCUUAGCAGUAUCCUGAGUAAAAACGUACCCACACCAGAGUCAGGAUGGGGAUUUUGCAACACAAACCUAGGAGUUUUGUGAGUCACGCAUGACAAGCUGCACGCUGCAGCGUAAUGCAGGUUAGCAAGUGCAGCCGCAUCACAGAUUCAUCUGCUCAUCCUGUUCACAGCAUCACACAUUCCAAAACACGAUUGGAAAUGGCUCUCAUGGGGAUGCGCAUUACAAGUCUUCCGGUCUUUGCAAAUCUGCAUUACAACUCUGGUGUGGGUACGUUUUUACUCAGGAUAAGCAGCAUCAGCGAAGAAUUCUGGUUUCAUAUCAAAAGGAAAAAUCCCGCCUCCCCAUAUCAAAACGACGUUUCUGGUGCAGGAUUUGCGUACACAAAUCAGAUUUGUCUUCCUGGAGAGGAAUGCAGGCCCAUACUAAGCCUAAGUAGGGAGGUUUUGGCCUAGGCGUCUAGCAUGGGAAACGUCUGCGCUGUAGGCCCAUCAGCAACACAAACCGCCUGCGCAAUGCUGCGGAGCUUGUGGAGUUGCCUUCUUGCAAGACAGAGCUGACUUGUGGUCACAAAUCAGCAACACAAGCAUCCCGUUUCAGAAUGGGGAGGGGGGAUUUUUCCUCACAAUAUUUCAUGUGGACAAGGUGUAUGGUGAAGAGCCGACUUCCGUUCCCCCGCACGAUAAGUACGAUGACUAUCGCGCGCCAGCGAAACCGAAGCCGAAACCGAAAAGAGCAGCUCCAAAAAAAAACAAUGUGAUGGUCAGCGACCCGGACCGGUAUGUCCUGAUGCUGUCGCGUGUGCAAAGCAAAAGUACAAAGCAAACCAAAGUGGUGGAAAAGAAGAACGACAAAGAGGAUAUAAAACAAGGCAAAGGAGCCCAAACUAAACAAAAUAAGCGGCACAAUAAGGAUUGGAAGAAGAGCGACAGCAAAAGCAGUAGUGCCAGCAGUUCCUCAUCCUCCGAAAAGCGGAAAAACUACGAGUACUACCAGGGUGCUGCUGGUGACAGUAGCGAGCAACCAAAAAAUCUGCUAAAAGCCGAUCUCUUUGACGCCGACGAGGCGGAGGGUUUCGUGACGGAAAAUCUGCUGCCGUUGGACGAAGAUAGUAGUUCCAUGUUUGGUACUAGUACCGGCUUUGCUAUUGAUGAAAAAAGUAUUGGCUCAAAAAUUUUUGGAAAAAACAACAACAAAACAAAAACCAAAGACGAGAAGCGAGAUGGUAAAGAUUUCCUCGCCUCAUCUUCCUCUUUCGCCAAGAUGAACACUUCUUCUGCGACCGCGGCUCUCUUGCAAGACCUGGGCCGCGGAUCAAAACAGCAAAAAUCUUGCGCCGGCGGGAGUAGCAGCUCAGCUUCUUCAGCUUCCGUAGCUUUAUUGAUGAAGAAGGGCAAUAAACAGCAGGGAAGCGGAAGAACAAAACAACUGGAGCAAGACAAAAAUAACCCACCCGGGUGGACUUCGAAAGGAAAUAAAGGUAGUGUGCAGCAGCAGGAGGUACAACUAUCACGACGAGAUACAAGAACAAAUACCGACGCAGAUGAAGACCACGUGGAGAAGGACCACCAGGAGGGUCCAUUGGGUGAAGAUCAGCUCAACGUGCUAAUUCCGGUCGACGACGACGCUUUUGACGACCAAAUGUAUUUAUCGACCGCAAACAUGUCUGGGUCUGGAAGGUUGAACCUGUAUUGCAUGCUUCGCAUUCCUAAAAAAUCUGUAUCGCAUAAGCAGCAAAUGACGCGCCACACUUUAAUUCGUCAUGCAAAAGCGCAGUUUGUAAUGCGUUCUGCGCAUCAUGAGAAAGCGUUUGAAACAUUUGUCAUGCUGCACUGCAAUUACUGGCAGAGUCAAUCAUGACCAUUCAGCAUUACAAGUUUCCAGACCCAGACAUAUAUAUUUGCAAUCCAUAGUAUUUGCGAAAGAAGCGCAAACUGGACGAGGAGCACUACACGACCGGGUCCAAGGGCGAGUUCACGAUCGCAG